AAGAAGCCAAGAGUGAAGUAUGACAGAUGAGGCUGCUCUGCAUGUGAUGUUCACCGUUGUCAUAGAUGAAAGAAGAUUAUCGACAUACAAGAGUUAUUUCACAUUAGAUGGAGAAGAAUAUUCCUUCAGACUUCCUUUAUUUCCAGCUGUGCUCACUGCAUGAUUGGACCUGUGCUAAACUUAUGGCAGAAGCAGAUGUAGAUUAAAUCACUGACAGACUUAACAAGUGGAUUGGCGGCACAAAUCGGAAAGGAUACUGACAGAUUUAACAAGUGGAUGGGCGACACAAGUCGGAAAGGAUACUGACAGUCUUAACAAGUGGAUUGGCAACACAAAUCAGAAAGGAAACUGUCAUUAAAGCAAGCAAACCGCUUCUGUUUAUGUGCAACAGCCACAAUUUAAAGACGAUGGAUAGCUUGUCCCAGAGCUCCAGACUUGAGUGUCAGAUAUGUUUCAACUACUUCAGCCAACGGCGCCGUCCCAAACUCUUGCACUGCCAGCAUACCUGCUGCUCCGUGUGUUUGAGCCAGAUGAGGCUCAGCCAGAGAGAGAUUUGCUGUCCUUGGUGUCGCUGUGUGACCCAGAUCCCUAUUGGCCUUUCAGUAUCCCAUCUCCCAGAUGACCUGGAAGUACUUUCUGUUAUCAGUCUUUCCCAAUCCUCCGAACAUACGCCCAUCUUUAUACAUUUACCCAACAAUGGUUGCUACCUGCUGCCCGUCCCUCUGGACACCGAUGGAGCACCGCUACCUGGACAACCAACCACCCAUGUUGGCUCUAAAAGCAUCGGUGUGUUUGACGUGUCGGAUGGACAGAAUCAUGUUGUAGGAGAUGACAGUCUUGAGGAUGGGAUGGAGGAGGAGGUGGUAGUCAAGACUACUGCAUGGACUGGGGUUUGCACUGUGCUACUUGUGGCAUUCAUUUUGAUCUUUCUGUUGGGUAUCGUGUUGCAUAACAUGUCCUGCGUGUCCAAACGCUUCACUAUUAUUUCCUGUGGUUGAGAAGGAUGAAAAAAGAAUUAAAAAUGGACCAUCCAUUGGGGCUCAUCUUGAAAUCGUACUUUGUGUAUGUAGUGGGUUUUAUACCAGGGAUGUCCAAACUUGGUCCAUGGAGGGCCAGUGUCCUGCAGAUUUUAGCUCCAACUUGCCUCAACACUCCUGCAAAGAUGUUUCUAGAAAGCCUAGUAAGAGCUUGAUUAGCUAGCCCAAGUGUGGCUGAUUGGGGUUGGAACUAAACUAUGCAGGACACUGGCCGUCCAGGACCGAGUUUGGGCACCCCUGCUUUAUAAUGACGAGCAAAAAAAAGUGAAUGAAAGAAAAGUAACAUCUAUGCAGCCUAUUGUAUUUCAAGCCAGUCUCAUGACAGUUUUUCAUAUCUACAGUAUUUUAUGUUAUGUGGCUUACUCUUAUACAUCUGUACAGUCUCAUUUGUGUGUUUUACUCCAGUGUGUGGGGUUUAUUUUUAAAAAUCAUAUCAUUUUGUACAAUUGGGAUUGUACAAAUUCAAAGCUUGUUUAAUUAGCUUGGGUUAAUGUUGAUAUAAGCCCUCAUUCAUUCUUCUUUUUUUGGGGGGGAGGGAUUUGUUCAAUUAAUGUUCAGAAUCUAGCAGUAUUGAUUUCAUAUAUUUGCAUGUCUUGUAUGUACCUGUGGGAAAUUUAAAGUGUUAGUUCACCAAAAAAAAAGAAAAUUAUAUUAUUAAUUACUCGCCUUUACGCAGUUCCAAACCCCUGAGACCUUCAUUUGUCUUUGGAAAACAAAUUAAAAUAGUUUGACUAAAAUCUGAGGGCUCCCUCACCCUAGACGGCAAGAUUCUAGACUUGUUUAAAGUCCAGAUAUUACCAACAAACAUCCUCAUGGCUUCAGUGAUUAAAUCAGAAAAUUAUCAAACUACAAUAAUACUUUUGUGUUCACAUAAAACAAAAAUAACUUCAUUAAACGUUUCUUCUCCUCAGUGUCAGUAUAGGGUGCUCACUGAUGAGUAUUGUGCACUGAUGCAUACAUUUCUUAGUUUAAAACAAAAUCACAAGUGUAUCAGAGUUAUUAAAGACGUAACAUGUGAAUGUGUCGCCCUAUACUGACAAUGAGGAAAAGCAACCUUUGAAUAAAGUCGUACUUUUUGUUCAUGUGGGCACAAAAGUUUGUUUUCGUAGCUUGAUAAUAUUCAGAUUGAACCACUGAAGGCAUAUUCUCUGUUUUGAGGAUGCUGAUUUUUUUUUUUUUCUGGAGUUGGAAAUCUUGCUGACUAUGGGAGUUCUCAGAUUUCAUUUAAAAUAUCUUAACUUCAUUUGGCUUUGGAAAACAAAUUUUCAGGGGUUUGGAAUGACAUAAGGGUGAGUAAUUAAUAACAUAAUUUUCAAUUAAGUGAAGUGACGCUUUAACUUUGAAUUGACCCUUUAAGUCUCUAAUGUUAAACUAGAUUUGUGCGAUAUCGACAGUUGUGCAGAUUGUGACUGAACACUAAAAUGUAAAAAUGAAAUAACAUUAUAUGUAGUUGCACUGCCUUUGAAUAUUGUUCGUUGUUGUAUUUCAAAGUGAGUGGUUGUUUUAAGGUGUUUUAUUCAAAUGUUUUAUUUUUCAAAUACCAGCAAUGUUUUCAUUAGUAUCAAUAUGUAAUGAUUUAUUUUUCUUUCUUUUUUUCAACAGUGUG